GACUUAUAAUUAGUUAAGUUCGUUCGACACGAUGACUAUUUUCUCAUGCGCAAGGUCAUUACGUCACUUUUUCACGAUGAUCGUAGCACGCUGAUUCAUCCGUGACGCAAGGCGGAAAUGGAAAUCGGUGGCGGCCCCUGUCAGAUGACCGCUGAAGCUAUGGCUGAAGUUAAAUUCCGAUGGCGCCGGUGUCAACAUCUUGUAGUUCAAAAAAGUAAAAGGCAAGUUGAGACAGCAUGCUCCUUCGAGCACGGCAGUAUUGUAGGACCUUCUACGGAGCAGUGACCUUCAUUGACGAAUAGUGCGCAAGUUUUUGGUUUUACCCGCUCGCUGCUGAAAUGGCUGUUUCAUCGUGGGAGCAAGAGCUCGAAAAAGUUGAAAAAGAGCUAAUAUCAACCGAGAAUGAGAUAGUUCGUCUUAAGACUGUACGGGAAGGCCUUAUAAAGAAAAGGGAUGAACUGUCUGUCAAGCUGAAACAGAAAUCUCUGGACGAGAUUGCACGCACUGACUGGAGCAAGUCCGAUUUCCCGUGGUCAAAUCGAGUGAAUGAAACGCUAGAAAAUGUGUUUCACAUGACGAGUUUCCGGUCCAUGCAACUUCCAGCCGUAAACGUUACCCUUUCUAAUAAAGACUGCAUUCUCAUAAUGCCGACCGGAGGUGGAAAGAGCCUUUGCUACCAACUGCCAGCCCUCAUUUCGAAAGGCGUCACCAUCGUCGUGUCGCCACUACUUUCACUUAUGGAGGAUCAGGUGAUGGCACUGCAAGCCAUGUCGUACCCAGUUGCUAUGUUGGCGGCGAACGUUUCUGUGAAAGAGACUAAUCAGAUCUUGAAGGCUAUGGCUGAUGGGGAGGAGAGCUUGAAACUCCUGUACGUCACACCAGAAAAGAUGGCCAAAAGUAAGCGCUUCAUGUCCAUGCUGGAAAAAGCAUACCAGAGGAAGCAUUUUGCCAGGCUUGCUAUAGAUGAAGUGCACUGUUGCUCCCAGUGGGGCCAUGACUUCAGGCCAGACUACAAGUACUUGGCCAUAAUGAAACGCCAAUUUCCUGAAGUGCCAAUUCUAGGAGUCACAGCCACUGCAUCCGCAGCCAUCGUUGCUGAUGUUCAGAAUAUGCUGGACAUAGAGAGUGCUGUGGUGCUCCGUGCACCGCUUGACAGGCCUAAUCUUGUCUAUGAGGUACUGGCAAAGCCCUCGGGGAACGAUGAAGCUGUAAAGAUGAUUGCCAGGCUUAUUCUCGGCCGCUUCAAAAAUCAAUGUGGCAUCGUCUACUGUUUCUCCAUAAAAGAAACUGAUGAAUUGGCUCAUGAGUUGAAAGGCUAUGGUAUUGCUGUGGACUCUUACCACGCCAGUAUGGAGCCGCAUAGACGCAGCAGUGUUCAUACUCGCUGGAUGCAUGGCAAAAUCUUGGUCAUCGUUGCAACCAUUGCUUUUGGCAUGGGAAUCGAUAAGUCAAAUGUGCGCUUUGUCAUUCACCACACAAUGUCAAAAUCUAUUGAGAACUACUACCAAGAAAGUGGCCGUGCGGGGAGGGAUGAUCAACCAGCUACAUGUUUGAUACUUUUCCGGUUUGCCGACAUAUUUCGGCAGACCACAUCUGUCUUCACCGAGAAGUGUGGCCGAGAAAACGUCUACACGAUGGUGCGGUACUGCGUGGAUGUGCGUGAGUGUCGACGUGCCAUGUUCUUGAGGCACUUCGGAGAGAAGCAGCAAGACAUACAGUGCCAUGAUGCCAUCUGUGACAACUGUCAACUGAAACGGUCAGUUAAAGAUAUUGAUGUCACUGUGCACAUUAAGAACAUCUACAGAAUUCUCGACUCGGCAAGUGAUGCGAACGAACAGUUGACAGCAGCAAAGUUGAUUGACGCCUGGACGGGCAAGGAUGCCAAGAAAUGGAAAGAACGAGGUGUUACGAAGACUGACCUUCCACGGGAGCGGUGUGAGAACAAUAGUUGCAUGGGCUCUGCUGGAAGGCUAUCUGGCUGAAAAGUUCCACAUCACCCCCUAUGCUUACAUAAGUUACAUUCGCACUGGAGAGAAGAAAAAGGAAAUCGACAAAGGAGGAAGAAUUACCUGCCCUUUCUUGACAGCAAGGUCGACUCCUUCAGAAGUCGCGCUGCCAGCUUCAAUAAAGCGUCCCAAGCAGGGCAAAAAUGGUGAUGCUCAAAGUAAACGACCAAGAAGCGAGACAGAAGGGCCUUCAAAGAACCAAGAGUUGCUCAGUGAUCAUUUAUCAACAUCCGAAGAUGUGGUUGUGAUUGAGUAAAACAUUUUGACUUUAUCAUUGCUCAUUUGAUGUAUCUGUGUUCAACAAGCCAUAUUCCUGUACUCUGAAGCUUAUUUAAUAAGAGAGCAGAAAGCUUUUCAUAGAGCUGAAAGCCAUUAAAUGAGCAUUCACCAACACCUGAA